CCAAAUAAAUGAAACUGCAACCUCCUGUUUCAGGAGAACCAAUUUUUGCGAAUUAGCGAAAACUUUUAUUAUUCCCUUAACUUCAAAGGCCCGGGGUGACGUUGUAUGUUGAGUCUGCUUGGUCGCUUCCGAUUCCCAUUCCAGUAAAACAAAUACCACUGGUGGCUCAUUAACGUUAUUUACCCAUUAAUUCUUCCCAUUACAUUCAUUAUGUCCGGUUAAGCGGCCACGCCCAAUCACUCCAUAUAUGGGCAACGAAUCGUUAACAUAAUUAAUUCACACAUCCGCGUUUGAGGCGGUGUGCUAGUGACGUCAUGUCAUCUCUACCGCUGCGUGCUUCCGUGUGACGUCACGAGAUCCUAGGAGCUGCUUCUGUGCGCCCAACUCUCUAGGAUCGGAGGGUGACCGCUUCAUUGGACCAGAAUGGUGAACCUGGAAUGCUGGAUUGUUGACGCUUGCACGGCAGUGGGUUCAGCCUGCUUGGACAGUGCGUGGGCAAAACCUUCCCUGUCACUGAGAGGAGGCAGACUGACCAGUGGCUUCCACAAUCGAAUCAAUCACAUGGAGAAGAGAGGCUCGGCAAAGGCUGGACGUAAAAGGCACCAAUGCAUCCAGUGUCCAUACAGCACAGAUGAGAUGUGUAACUUAAAGAGACAUCAGACAAAACACACUGGCGAGAAGCCCUUCAAGUGCAGUGUGUGUGGGAAGUCAUUUGCUCAAUCGAAAACUCUUAAAAUUCAUCAGAGAACACACACAGGCGAGAAGCCCUUCAAGUGCAGUGUAUGUGGUAAGGCAUUUUCAGAGUCAGAAUAUCUUAAGAAACAUAAUACAACACACACGGGUGAGAAGCCCUUUAAGUGCACUGUGUGUGGCAAGACAUUUGCUCGUUCACAAACUCUUAAUAUUCAUCAGAGAACACACACCGGUGAGAAGCCCUUCAAGUGCACUGUGUGUGGGAAGGCAUUUGCACAUUCAAACAUUCUUCGUGUUCAUCGGCGAACACACACCGGUGAGAAGCCCUUCAAGUGCACUGUGUGUGGGAAGGCAUUUGCUCGUUCAGUAACUCUUCAUAAUCAUGAGAGAACACACACUGGUGAGAAGCCCUUCAAGUGUACUGUGUGUGGGAAGGCAUUUGCACAUUCAAAUAUUCUUCGUGUUCAUCAGCGAACACACACCGGUGAGAAGCCGUUCAAGUGCACUGUGUGUGGGAAUUCAUUUGCUCAUUCAAAAACUCUUAAAAUUCAUCAGAGAACACACACAGGCGAGAAGCCCUUCAAGUGCAGUGUAUGUGGUAAGGCAUUUGCAGAGUCGGCAUAUCUUAAGAAACAUAAUAGAACACAUACGGGCGAGAAGCCCUUUAAGUGCACUGUGUGUGGGAAGGAAUUUGCUCAUUCAAAAACUUUUCGUGUUCAUCAAAGAACACACCAAGUGCAUAAGUCCUACAAGUACUUGGUGUAUGGGAAGGCAUUGGCUCAUUCAAAAUCUCUUAAGAAACAUAAAACAACACAUUCAGGUGAGAAUCCUUUCAAGUGCACUGUCUGUGGGAAGGAGUUUACAUUAUCCGGAAACCUAAAGAGGCAUGAGAAGAUCCACAAGGAGAAAGUGAAAUCGACUUGUGAAAGUCAACAUGCUGCAAUGAGCCCAUCUCUCAUGAAACGAGAAUCAGAAGAAAAUUCCAACUUGGCAACACAGCCAGAAGUGACAGUGAAAUGUGAAGAAGUGAAAUAUGAAGAAGUGACGGUGAAAUGUGAAGAUCAAGAUUCGACUCCAGGACGCAAUCUACAAGUGGAUGGAGGCAGCGUGAAGCAGGAGGAGCAUUCGGAUUCUGAGGGAGAGCGAGGCAAUCCCCAGCAGUUUGUGGAUGUGGAGGUGUGGGUGGAGUUUUUGGACAAAGCUGAGUAGGAGGGGCCAGCACGUGUGAAAUGGCACCUUGGAAGAUGUGUAACCUGGAGUUUGAGACAAUUUUCCAUAGCAUUCGCCUUAUUCACAGGCUUCUGUCAUUUCAAGAAUGCCUAGGGGUUUAGUGUCAUCCAAGCAUAGAUGGGCUUUCUGUACAGAUGAAGUUAUUGAGUGUCGAAGUGAAAUAGUGGAUAUGCAAAGCAUUAUGCUGCCUUAUAAAACACGAAUUAGGAAUGCAUUUUGAUGGUUACAUAUUAAAUGAAUAAGUAUGAAUUAUAACUCUUUGCAUUACUAUUGAAGUAGUCAGGUGUGGCCGUGCGUUUCUGUAUGCUCCCAAUCUGUUUUUAUUGCUUUUUAAAUGCCAUUUAAUAAAAGAAAAGGUAAGCAUUUUUUUUAUGUUUACAUUUGGCUUAAUACACUAAAUAUAUGUUCAUAAUAUCAAAACAACUUAAUGUCAGGCCUACUUUCUGCACUUGUUUUGCUUUUAAUCCCUUUGGGUUUCAUUUAAUGGUAACAGCAGGGGUCUGCAAGUCUACUGUACAUCCCACCUGAUGGCUAUGCACGCACCCUGCAUAGUGUUGUUAUUGUGGUUUAUAGUGCAGUGUUGUGUCAAGUGUGCAGUGCAUAGUAAAUACUAGUAUAUGGUAAAUUUUGUGAUGUGUGGUGAAAUGUGUGUAUGUAUGGUGAUGUAUAUUGUGUACAGUGCAUAGUGUAAGAAGCCGGCUUAGGCUUUUCAUGUGACGAAUCGCACGCAAUGUAUCAUUUCACGCAGUCGCGAGUUGCAGUCCAAAGGUUUCGAAUUAGAGUAGAGUUGUGCAUCUUGACGCUGCAUGCCACUUGCAGUGAGGCGUAUUGUACGCCAUGCAGUUGCUGUAGCUGGUGUGAGCUUACCUGUGAUGAAUCGCACGUGUAAUUGUGCACUCUACAAUGUGUCUAUAAUUGCUACGUAGAGCCAGGUGCUGGUGUAUUUUUUAUACGUGAAGGUAAUGUUCAGAGCAUGCCAUGCCCAACAGUGUGUCGACUAUUCAAAGUACAGGGAACACCCCCAUUUCAGAUUUGAGGUGGACUGGUGAGAUUAAAUUAUUCAAAUAGAAAAUCAAAUUUAAGUUAAAUUAAUAUAUUAAUUUUGAUUUAACGCUUUCGUGACUGCAGGGAUUCAUAUUCUUGGUUCUUUCGGUAAAGUCACGUAGAAGGGAAACAAAAUAAUUUAAAUAUAAACAAUACAAUUCUCACGACGUUUCGACUGCAACACAAGCAAUCAUCAUCAGGUGUGAAAACCACAGCAAGAAAAUUCAAUAUUUCAAUGUUAAUCGAAAUCCAUUGACUAGGUAAUGUUUGACUGUUGAUUGAGUUAUUGGUUGAUAUAUAUUUAAAUUUUAAAAUGAGUUAUAAUUGGGUCUAGAAAAUGAACACUGGUGCUAAAUCCCAUCAAGAGGUACUGUGUGAAGUGGAGGGUGAUAGGUUUGUGUCUGGUAAUAUUUACAGGUAGGAUACGGUCACUUAUUUCCAAUUUUAUUGUGUUUGCCGUUUUUUCGCGGUAAGUUUAAUACUAAAAUUUCGCCGACCUAAGGCUGCCUUACUCUAGUACCGACGGAGGGCUUCCUGGUACUUGGCGUCUUGCCCAUUGCCCCCACUAAUGUCCUCUUCUCCCCCCCCCCCCAUUUGUGCAGAUACUACUGCGUUUAAAACAGCCUUCCGCAACCAAUAUCCAUAAUACAGGUUUCUUGGGUUAGAUCGCGUAAAUGUGUCGUUAAACCAGCCACCAACCGACACAGCCAAUUAGUAAGGGCUGUCACGUGAACAGAACAUUCCAAGUCGUGACGAGUACAGCAAAAUGUUGGACAGCCAAGCCACAACAUUUACUGAGUACGAUGUUUUGCCAGUAAUUACAACUAGCUUCAUCAGGCAACAGCCAGAUUUGUGGAGAAGCCCACCUCUUUCUUUCCUUAGAGGGGUCGAUGUGAUUGCAACACUAGUGUGCUCUUCACGCGCGAAGUGCAAAGUGGGGGGGUGGGGGGGGCACAUUUACCGACAUUUGGGAGGGGGGGAGGGUGUAUGGCAAUUUUUCUAAACCGGUUGUAUCAACCUUUUUCCCCCACUGCGGGUGGAGGCAGGGCUCCACUUUGUAUAACUUUUUGAUUCAGGCCUUCUGACAGACGCUCAUAAUUUAGUUGGCAAACGGAGUGCCGGGCUUUCAUAUAUAUUUACAGGUGUUAAUAACUUGCUUAUUUUGAUAACCAACUCGAAUCAAUAGAUAUAGCAUAAUAGGAAGACGAUUAGGAUGCUUUAGUGAUGAAAACAGUUUUGUGAUAGUUGAUUACAUUUAGUACUUCAAUAGUAACUGACAAUGGUUAUUGUCAGUUAAAUAUCCUACAUUUACAUAUUACUAUCAUUUAACGUAUUGCUUUAUUAAUUAUUGAAGUGCAUAUUGUUUCAUUAAUGCAAUAUUAUUAUGGAAUUGUAGCACAUUUAGGAGGCACUACAGAUAUUUUAGACAUAUUUUUGAUGUGGAAUAUUUACAUUUGUAUGGUUAAAUAAGAUGUUAACUGUUCUUGGAUUUGAAAAGCGGCUGUUAUAAUUUAUAUUUCCAAUAGAUUCCGUGCUGAGGGACUGCUCUGAGGUGGUGUGACGUGGAAGGUGAUAGGGAUAUGUUUGGUCAUGAUUGCGGAUAUGCAAAUGCUCCUCCGAAGAACACUUUUAAAUAAAGCAUUUCCGUUUCACAAACCUCUGGUGCCCAUCUAUAGUGGAGUCGCCCACUUCUCAGGAGGACAAAACAAUGCAGAGUAUCUGCUAUUCUUCUCUUGAGCUUCAUUGUUGAUUUGGCCGACCUAUCCCUCGUUACGAUUCACGGGAGGAAGACAGGAUGGGCCGGCUACACAUGGAAUUUCUCAAGUUUAUGUACCAUGCUAGGUGUACUUUUAAGGCCACGUGAAAUGUCAAAGGCCCUCUGGCAGAUCACGGAACAGACUUAUCUGCCAUGGAUUGACUGAGAUGACUGGCAGACUCGCCACCUGUGCUCCCCACUGUGCCACAUUGCUGCUUUUGAUCUGCCCUGCUUUCCGCUUGUUAUUGUGAACAUUGCUUCUCUGCCCUUUAUUGCUGUGUCAAGGAGCGUCCUUCAUAAACCUCCUCCAUAGGAGCCCAUCUUGACACCUCUGGAACCAGUCAUCGGCAAGUCCACUCGGCUCCAGUGGUGACUUGGUCAUGAACUAAAUCACCAGAGGCAAGACUCCAGGCACUGAAGUAUACGUGAAGGGGCGUAAACCGCUAUUUGCUUGAGUUGCGAUACCUUUAACUUCAUACACCAGAAUCCCAGAUGAUGAGACAAACAGCUUCUGGAUGGACUGGGCACAAACCACAGUGGGCAUGUUGUAUAUGUGGGUUAUGAAAAUUUGAUAAAAAUCAUGAAAAUUAAACGAAAUUUGAAAUCUG